AUGAACAAAUGUAUCUUUGUCGACGAUUCUUGCGAAUUAUCUAUCCGCGACAUACCAGAGAAGUACCAUCCCGAAGGCGGCCAAGCCCUGAUUAAAGUCGAAUACUCAGGAAUCAAACCUGCCGACUUGAAUCACCCGAAGGAUCUAGGCAUGAAAAACAAUGUCUGCGGCUAUGAAAUCUGCGGAACUGUGGUAGAAGCAGGGCCUACUAGUCGCUACGCAGUAGGAGACGUCGUCUUUAGGUCUAGCCAUCCCGGACGAUCAAAACCAGGAUACCACGGGGGACACCAAGACUUUGCCAUUUUGGAGCCCAACCUCAUGUCAGCCAAGGUACCCGCGCAGCUUCCUCGUGCCGACGCCGCCGCUCUCAGCAUCAUGGUCCGUUCAGCUGCCGAUGCGUUGCUGAACCAUUUUGAGAUCCCAUUUCCUGCUAUAGGCGUCCUGGCGCCACCACCAACGAGCGGACUUCUCGUCUGGGGCGGUGCAAGUAGCGUGGGUAGCGCCGCGAUCCAACUCGCAAAGGCCAUGGGGCUUACGUGGGUAUUUACAACUGCUUCACCUGCGAACCACAAGGCGCUCCUAAAACUUGGCGCAACACAAUGCUUUGACUACCGAGACCUAAAUGUUGUUGAUGCUGUUCGAGCCGCAGCCGAGGAAAAUGGAGUUACUAUAAAAUAUGUUUUGGACACGGUUUGCAAGACAGGAAGCCCUGGAACUAUCGAUCAAUGCGAAUCGAUUGCCACGGCGUCAGAUGUCACGCUGGUCAGUUGCUUGCCCCAGAUCCGCAGCCCAGCCCGCUGGAGAAUGGUCCUCGCUUCAAGAGAAAUUGAUAAUCCUGUACCGUUUGAAUUCCCUGGUGGGAAUAAAACCAAUAUGGAAUGGGAAGCACGGCUUGAGAAAGCAGUCGUAUGGGCUGCAACACACUACGGGAAGGAGUUCCGAAUUCCAAAAAUCCAGAUUGUGAAAGGAGCAGAGAGGGGGAUUCGAGCUAUCAAGGAUGUGAAUCAAGGGAAGGUCAGCUUGACCAAGUUUGUCAUCGAGCAUCCGCUGUGA